UUGGAAGUUGGAACCAUUCAGGUCAGAGUUUUGCUUUUGGGGACCAUUAGAGCUGGGUUGGGGUUUGAUUAAUGCUUAAACUCAAUCAAACAAAUUGUUUGUUCUUACUGCCCCUGAUUCCAAUGCCAAGAAUAUGUCAAAGGUGACUACCAUCAAAACAGGAAUUGCCUUGGGAUUUUGUUUAAAUUGAAGUAUUCCAUUAGAGUUCCCUGGUCAAAGGGAGAUACCUCUGGAAUUGCCUCCAACGUAGCACUAUACGUGUCAACAAAUGAAUUGGUUUUAGAAUCUAUAAAUUUGAAACAUCUUUGAUGGUGUGCAGCACCAACCUCCGAUUUCUAUAAUUCCUACUUUCUCAGCUUUUAGAUUCCAAACAACUUAAAGAUCAAAUAUGGCUGACAACUCCCAGAGCAUGAGCUACAAAGCUGGUGAGGCCAAGGGCCAGGCUCAGGAAAAGGCUAGCAACCUGAUGGACAAGGCUGCCGAUGCUGCCCAAUCUGCUAAGGAAUCAAUGCAAGAGACUGGGCAGAAGAUGAUGGAGAAGGCACAUGGAGCUAAAGAGGCCGUGAAGGAUGCAACUGGCAUGAAUAAAUGAAAGCUGAAAAAGACCCUGUCUAUCCAAUUUCAUUUAGAUGUUUUAAUCCAUGUUCAAAUUAGUGUUUUGUUGGAGCAUUUAAUAAAAUGCUGUUUUAGUGUUUUUUUCCUAUGAACAAAGAAGAAAGGCUGCUCUAACAUGUAGUUGUCAGGAGUUCCUCUUCCAGUUAUUUCCUUUAAUGCAAUUCGGAUAUUGUUUUUCCAUUCUUGAUAUUAUUAUUAAUGUUCAACUAGUUUUUAUGUUGCAUGAUUUAA